AUGUCGGUCCCUCCUAAGUUCGCAGGGCUCAAACUUUCCGCUAGUGCUCCUCAGGCGAGUCAGCAUACGCUGGAAUUGUACCUUGACUAUGUCUGCCCGUUCUCCGCCAAGAUGUUUAACACUUUCUAUGCAAUGAGUCCCCAAAUUGCACUGCAGUAUGGUCCCCGGCUCCAGGUCUUGUUUCGACAGCAUAUCCAGCCAUGGCAUCCCUCCUCCACACUCACCCAUGAAGCUGGGGUAGCGGUUCUUCGUCUGGCCCCGGAGAAAUUCUGGGAUUUCAGUGCCGCCUUGUUUAAGCGCCAGACCGAAUUCUUCGACGUGAGCGUGGUGAACGAAACCCGGAAUGCCACGUACGGACGGCUGGCCAAGAUUGCCGGGUCUGUUGGCCUAGACGAGAAGAAGUUUUUGGAUUUGUUGAGGAUCCCAGAAGCCCCCGGCGACGAUGGUCACUUGAACGUCGGAAACCAAAUCACCAAUGAUCUCAAGUGGAUCAUCAAAACGGAUCGAGUGAUCGGGGUUCAUGUUUCGCCUACCGUCUUUUUCAACGGAGUAGAGGAGCGCGGCGUCAGCAGCAGCUUCACGGAAGCUCAAUGGGCGGAAUGGCUGGCUCAGAAUGUGGUUUGA